AUGGCCCAAGGAAUAACAUUUGAUAUCACGCCCGAAAAGCAAGCCAGCCAGCUCCAGUUCCUCCGUAGACAACUCUUCGGGGGCCCUCCGGGACUGUCACGACACGAUGUUGACCUCGCCGGUAAAACAGCUAUCGUGACAGGCGCCAACGGCGGCCUUGGUCUUGAAUGCUCGCGACAUCUUCUCAAUCUCGGUGUUAGCAAACUUAUCAUUGCCGUUCGCAACGAAGCCAAGGGCGAAGCUGCUCGCGAGGCACUGACGACGGCGCUUGAACCCGGGCAGUCCAUUGAAGUCUGGCAGCUCGACUAUGCUUCGUACGAGUCUAUUCAAGAAUUCGCUCAGCGAGCCGAGGAUAUCAAACCUCAGCUCGACAUCGUCCUGCUAAACGCGGCUUUCAACCGCACCGACUUCUCCCUGAACCGAAAGACCGGCCACGAAGAGGUCCUGCAGAUAAACUACUUAUCAAACGUUCUACUCAUCCUCCUGUUUCUCCACAUCUUCAAGAAAACCAAAUCAAACAGUCCUCAAUACUCGCCGGGGCGCAUCACCGUCGUAUCGUCCGACAUGGCAGGAUGGGCCAAAUUCAACGAGAGAACCGGGGAUCCGCUCCUUCAGGCCUUCGAUUCCGAAGCCAGUUACGACAAAUUCAACCGCUACGCCAGCACCAAGCUUCUAACACAGCUAUUCGUGACCGAAAUAGCGAAGCGCGUGUCUUCGUCACUGGCCGUCGUCAACUGCGCCAACCCGGGUCUUUGCUGGGGCGGGAUGAUGGGCGGAGAGACUAGUGCGAUUUUCAACGCGUUCAUACGCGUUAUCUGUCGGAGCUUGUCGACGGGCGCUCGGGCGCUUGUGGAUGCGGCUGUUCGGCAGGGUGAGACUUCCCAUGGACAGUAUGUUGAGGAUGGGAUGUUGAGGCCAAUGGCUCCUUUUGUGUACUCUGAAGAGGCUGGGCAGUUGACUAGACGGCUAUGGGAUGAAACGAUGGAAGAACUCUCGUUUGCGGGAGCUCGAGAAAUUGUGGGAAAUUUAGCUGAAUGUAAAAAUACUUGA